GCUAAAUCUAAUAUAUUGUCUUCUUAUAAAAUUAUCAACAUCAAAAGUGUUACGAUUAUAUUUUCUUUUAAGGAGUAUUUAUUAUUACUUAAUAUAUUAUUAAGUGUGGCUAUUUGUGUGAUAUUUAAUGGACCAGUUUUCUGGAAGCUUGAUGUAUCUUUGUAAAUCAUCUAUUUAAGUUUGUGCGCCAAUUAAAAAAAUGUUAAAAGUAUAAGUAUGUACAAGUGAUGGUACUGGCCUGUUUUGAUGCGCCACGAGUCAACUUUUCUAGUCUCGAGCUUCUGUAUCUGUCUUGCACGUGGUCCAUCAUCAGUGAACAGUGGCAGCAGGGCUGGUAACUCAUUCAUACGGAGGACGGUAGCCGGGGUCCAGGUUGAAUUACACUGUAACAUUUUGCAGGACCCAUCAGUCAAUACACUUUAACCCAGUUGUUUCAAAGUUGAAAAAAAAAGUAAACGGCAAUGUCAUUCACUCAAACGGCAUUUUCUGUUAUAAAGAGAUUAACGUGACACUUCCACACUGUAGGGGCUUUUAACAAAGUUGAAUUUCCAAUAUGGUAGGAGAGGUUGUUGUUGUUGAGAGGAUUGUUGUCAUGUCCUCGCAGUGCCUGUAGUGGUGCUGUGAGGAGUCUGCUGUGGAUCCAACAAAAAUCCUCAGCAGCCUGCCUACUGCUUGUAAUUUGCUCUGGAGAGCUUAUAUUUAAAUGCAUCCUUAUUUCAAGAAAUACCGAGCUCGAUGAAGAUCACUGUUAUUAUCCUGUCUCGAAUAUCGAUGCACAAAUAGCCUAGCUGAUUCUAAGACAUUUCGGCCGUCUAUCUGGAGCGAAUACCUCACACAGCCCAUGCCAAUUCAAGCUGAUGUUGUCAAGAACAAGAGUCACGUGAUGUAUGAAGGCAAACACAUACACUUCUCAGAGGUGGACAAUAAGCCGUUGUGCUCGUACAGCCCAAAGCUCUGCAAGCAGCGCAGACUAAAUGGCUAUGCUUUCUGUAUCCGGCACGUUCUGGAGGAUAAGACAGCCCCCUUCAAGCAAUGUGAAUAUGUGGCCAAGUACAACAGCCAGCGAUGUACCAACCCCAUCCCCAAGUCAGAGGACCGCAGAUACUGUAACAGCCACCUGCAGGUUCUGGGCUUUAUCCCCAAGAAGGAACGGAAAAAGAAACAUGAUGCUUUGGAGGAAAUGCGCUCACGGGCUCACCUGGAGUCAGUGGCUCUCAACAUAACUGUGCCCUCUCUGGCUCUGAAAACUCCCAAUGGUCUAGAUGAACUUCCGCCAUCUCCUCCCUGUACACGCUUGUUACCCCUCCCUGAUGGGGAACUCUUGGACCCUUUUGCCUUUUAUGAGGAUGACACAGAUGGGGAGGAGGUGGGUACUAAUUGGAAAGGCAGCGCCAUCAAAAAGAAAUUACAGAGUCGGCUGGUGCUUAACCAGAAACUUUGCCAUGACACAGACCUCUUCCAGCCACCUCCUGAGCACUUUAGUCCCUCUCCUGCCCCCCGUGUCCUCCCCUCUUCGCCGCUCAACACUCAUCUCCCACGGCAGCAGUCAGGUCUUCACCAGCCACCCCAGCACUCCAGCGUGACUUCCUUCAUCUUUCCAGGACAGCAGCAGGGUUUAUUAUGCAAUCCACCACCACCUCCUCAGACGGUCAACUUUCUGCCUCCAGGGAUGCCCGCUAAUGCAGCACCCAGUCCAGUGCAACCUUCUGGGCCAUCACUCAGCAGGAAAAUGCCUUUCACUGCUACUCACUUGCCUGUCAGUUGCAAGGACAGUGGCAGUAACAAUCAGCGGCACAUGGUUGUCAUGCAUCCCGCUGCCUUCUCACCUUCUGCCAGCUGCAUGGCCAGGUUGCAACAUCUGGUGCAGCUCUGUGCCAAGACACACGAGGAGCAUGGAGACCUCUUUCCUCAUCUAGGACUGGACUGGUCAGAAGACAGUGCUGACGAUGAUGAUGAUGAGGAGGAGGCAGAGACAUUUGUUCCUUUCCAGAACUCUUGGAGACCACAGAAUGGGUUGGAAGAUGACCGCGGUUCCUCGCGGAGAACGCGGCUACUUAGGCUUUGCUCCUAUCUCCAGGAGAAAUACAAGCACAUGUGCAGGCAGGAGAGGGCGAGUAUCCGCCAAAAGAGAUACCGCUAUGCCUUCCGCAAAGCCUUGCUGCACGCUGCCAGUAACAACCCCAACUGUGCUGGGCAGCUGAUCCAGGAGUUGCGUGGUGCCUCUCGAAGCUCCUCAAGUGUGGCUCCAGCAGGGCAGCAGAACACAGAUUCGGGGACCUGCAGUGGCAGCACAAAGGGCCAGGCCUGCAACAACAGGGCUCUGCCCUUCACUCGACACUGCUUUCAGCACAUCCUGUUGAAUCGUUCCCAGCAGCUCUUUGCUAGUUGCACAGCCAGAUUUGCAGAUGGUCAGCAGUGCUCCAUCCCUGUGUUUGAUAUCACGCACCAGACUCCACUCUGUGAAGAGCAUGCCAAAAAAAUGGAUAACUUUCUGCGAGGGGACGGUAACCGGCGAGUGCAGCACCAGCAACAGCGAAAGCCACGUAAAAAGACCAAACCCCCGGCUCUCACCAAAAAACACAAGAAGAAGAGGAGGAGAGGGCCGCGGAGGCCUCAGAAACCCAUCCCUCCAGCGUUGCCACAGGGGAACCUGGGAAUGCCUUCUACAAGCUUAGCAAUGCCCUCACAGGCCAGCAUCAGGAGCCCUUCCACUCCAGACCUGAGUACAGAGGAGCUUCCUGACGAUAUCACCAAUGAAAUGGCAGACAUUCCAAAUGACCUCGAGCUAAACCAGGAGGAUUUCUCCGAUGUGCUACCCAGACUACCUGAUGACCUGCAGGAUUUUGACUUGUUUGAAGGUAAAAAUGGGGAAUUAUUGCCCACCACGGAGGAGGCUGAGGAGCUGGUGCGAGCACUGCAGGCUAUGGGGUCUUACCCAGAUUCUUUGGUGUGCCUGACCUCCAUGGGAGACCUGGCCCCUUCUGAAGGAGUGGACCACCGAGCCAUGACUGGGUUCCCUGGGCCAGUCCAGCCGGGGGGCAUGGGGGACCUGCUUAACAGCCGCAUACCUACAGAGAACUUCACUAGCCUCGAGCUGGAGGAGAACCUACUGCAGUCCACUGGGGGUCACUUCCCCCCCUCACCGCCAUCUCAGCCCGCUAACCAGCCCCAGACAUCAUGCUCCAACCUGACCUCAUCUUCUUCUACCGUAGCCCACUCUACCACCUCCCUGCUCACUCAGACAUCCAUAACAGAGCGGACGUUUUCCCGGGCACACACAUCCCACGUCAUGGCCAAGUCGAAUGUGCCCACAUCAUCACCCCAAGGCAGCCACUACAGCAGUGAGCACGUGCCAUCACCAUACAGUGACCACAUGUCUUCUCCCCAUGCCAGCUCCUUCCAGACAGACACCCCUCUACUGCUGGAAGUCCCUCUCAGUGGGGUACCAGGACCCCCGCGCUCAUCAUGGAACAAUCUCCCUCUCCCCCUCACAGACCCCACACAGUUUGGCAAUCUCAUAGGAUCAGAAAGUCAUCUCAUAUCCACCUCCCUGUCCACGCCCCCGGCCACCACCCACUCUGUGACGAUGCAGCCCAUGGCUGCGCUCUCAGCGAUGCCCCAGAGUGGCAUGACAGGUUUGACGACAUCCCCUUCGCCCUCAUCCUCCCUCCCAUCCUCUUCACACAAUCUUUUGACCUCCACCCAGCCCAAGCAACAGCUCCCACAGUUCAGUGCGGCCUUUGGCCAUCAAUUGGCCUCCCACAGUGGCAUCCCGAAAGACGUGCAGCCCAGCCACAGCUCCACAGCGCCCCCCGCUGGCUUUUCCAUAGUUAGUGCCACUGCUGCAGGUGCCAACAGCGCCACACCACCGUUCACGCAAAGUAAAUGA